AUGGUAAAGGGUAACCCGUUCAUAUGCCUGACACCAUUUGGCUCCAAUCAGGUAACAUCCGAGGCUUUUGCCUUGGAAUCUGGAAAGCAGUUGGAAGAGGAAGGGGAAACUGUUCCUCUGUUCCCAGAGGGUCCUUUGGGAUCCACCCUUCUUUGGACAGACUAUCAGACCAUUAUUGCAGUAAUGAUUUACAGACAGCUUUGUCAGCCAAUUAACUAUUCCAUGGUCUAUUUAGCCAUAGCAAACCUUGGAGCAGCCUGGCUGGGAGGAAGUCUGAAUGUAGAAACCAAUGCUCUGCCCUCCUGUGUGGGUAGAGUUGGCUGUGUCACCAAAGGUUUUGCUACGGCAUUUUUUGUAUACAACAGUGACCCUAUUAAGGUUUCCUACGUUAUUUGCUACUUUCUGUUCUGCUUUACAAUUCCAUUUGUUACUAUAUUGGUUUGCUAUAGAUAUCUGCUAGGGACUCUAUGCCACAUCGUUGCUGAAGUUGGAAUAUCUCAAUGAGGCUCAACAACUAAAGCAGCUCAAGUGUCACAGAUGGUGAUCGUAAUGGUUAUGGCAUUCUUGAUGUGCUGGCUUCUUUAUGCAACUUUUGCUUUGGUGGUUGUGGGUAAUCCUCAAAUCUACAGUAAUCCUAUUAUAUCCACUGUCCCUACAUACAUGGCAAAACCCAGCACAUUCUAUAAUCCAAUCAUCUACAUUUUUAUGAACAAGCGAGUUUAA